AUGGGCCUACCAAAAGGGGGAGCCCCAGAACCACACCACCCGGGCCACAGUCCCCAAUGGGAGAAGCAAGCGGCAGCGGGGACGGGGGGUAAAGGAGCCACUGCAACUGAACCCAAAGCGCGGGCAGGGACCACCGGACCAUACGAGGGCGGGGCCCAGCCCCCAGACAAGAGGGGCAGCCAAGGAGCCAGAGGGAGGCAGGCGGGCCCCACAGACCCAGAUGGAGAGGCAGGGGCAUGGAGGGCCACAUAUGAUCUGAGCCUCGGGGAGCAGCACCACCCCCCGCGCAGGCACCGCACCCCACAGCCCACCAAUGGCAGAGCAGACAGACCCAACAUGAAAAGGAACAAUGGUCACCCAAUACCCCCUAUCACCACCACACCCACUCCCAAUAGGACCAGAAGCCCCACAGCGAGCACCGGGGGCCCCACAGGCAGGCCGGCCAGCCACCCAGCCCCCCCCCAGGCACAGAGGCACACCCACACCCCGCAAGGGAGGAGCCAAAAGGGAGCACGGGCCAGCACCCGACCCAAUCCCCCACCCCCGGUAGACCUACAGAGCCACCAGGCAGCACCGGGAAAGCAAACCUCCCAGACCCCCGAAGCCCAACCCCAAAUCCCCAAGCAAGCCAGGACUCCACACCCAGACGCCAACCCGUCUCCACAUGCACGGGCUGCACAGCCCCACCAUACCUGA